CGGCUAUAUUUAGAGAAGUUUUUGCACAAUUCUAGCUAUAAGAUCAUCAACUAUGACCUUAGGAAGAAACAAAAAUCCUUUUAUUAAUUAUACAUUGCUCUCUUUAUAUAUUUCGAAAGCAUUUGAAGCAGAACUAUGGGACAAUCUAAAAAUGCGAAACUGACUUUCUUUGGAGCUAGCUCUACUCGAACCGGAAGUAAAAUCUGCGCAAACAGAGGUGAAAAUAAACCCGGUACUGGCUGCAUUUAACUUGUUAACAAAACGCUUUUUCUUAAAGUUAAAUAUUAACAUCUUCCUUAUAAGUAUUUUGAACAACACUAUUAUUUAUCACUGAUUAUAUACUUCUUAGUAUUCUACUGCACUAUAUCAGAUACCAACAUUGUAAACAUUUGUAAGACCUCAACGAACAAAUGGCUGAAAUUGAACUUCCAGAAACAAAGGAAUAUCACCUAUUCUUUGGAUAUGCUACUUCAGAUGGAGAAAGAAUGAAAAAUAUUGUGAAGAAGCUGGAGAAAUCUCCAUACAACAUUAAAUGCGCUUACGGUCAGAGGGACUUUAUGCCUGGGUGUGACAAUAUAAAUGAAAUAGACCGAUGCAUUUUAAAAAGUAUGAAGACAGUGCUUCUAAUCACACCUGCUUUCCUGGAGAGUUGUUGGUGUAACACAGAACUGAGUAAAGCUCAUGAUCUAAGAAUUAGAGGUCUUGCGAAUAUGGUGCCUGUCAAAUUGGAGAACUGUGAAAUACCAGUGUCUAUAAAUUACAUGUCAUAUUUGGAUGCGGUACACAUGAACGAUGAGGAGCUUGUUAAGAAGAUAUGGCAAUCACUGAAACAGAACCCAGAUGAUUUGUCAGGAUAUUUACGUGAAGCAGUUGCGAUAAAUGGUUCUCACUUUUCUAUUCAUGGCAAAUAUAAUAUGGGGAUAACAUACAGUUUGAAAGGAAUUAUCCAUAGGAGGUGGGAUGCAAUUCAGUUUCAACGUGAAGAUGAACUCAAAGAAGGUCUUGAACAAAGGAAAAUAGAAAUGUCAGGGGAUACACUUCGUGAAAUCAUGGACAAUAUUCAGCAAUACUAUGGCAAACUCAAUACGAUGUUAGCUACCAUUCUAGUGUUCAUAUUGAUUAUUCUAGGAUUCUAUUCAAAUGCACUAUUAUUUAUGCUCAUGUUUCUUGGUUACCUAUAUAAGGCCUACAUGUACCAUCAACGUAUUUGUUGCAGGAUGUUGUCAAAGCACUCAAUAUCACUGGGACACAAGCAUAAAGUACUUUUAAACAUAAACUUUACAGUGGACUCAAUAGUACUUAACAUCAUGAAGUAUGAUCUAAAGCCCUGCCUUGAACAUUGGCAACAAAGGAUUACACAAAGGGGAAACUUAUUGGCAACAAACAAGAAUGUCCUCAAAAUGAUAGUGUUAAGUAUAAAUGCUAAACUCUAUGGUAAAAAGCAUCAAGAUGAACCACUGCUUGCAUAUUUGAAUGAAGAAUGUUUAGACACGACACAAGUCCACCUUCAUGGGUAUAUGAAUGAUCUUAUUAAUAACCAGCUUGAGAAUGCAAUCACAAACAGGCACCCUGUCAUUCAUGGCAAGCAGUGCUUCUGCCAGUAUAUAGAGAAGAAGAUUCUUCAAAAGAGACAUUAAAGUUCAGUUGAUAGCCUGACUAGCUUUUUCAAACCUUACCAAGUACAUAAUAAAUCAUCAAAAUCAAGUGAACUUUGACUGAUUAAAAGACGGUGGUCUUUGAAAUAUGGAGAUAGUUAAGUGUUUCAAGUUGCUAAAUAAUGUAAACAAAAGCAAUUAAGUGAUUUUAGCUUUUAAUAUUCUGUAAAUUAUUAACUGUUCAGAUUCUGCCUCAAAUACUAUUCUCAACAAAACAUAUACCGAAUGGACCGAGACAAUCUAGCUACAGUGGAGACGAUAACCCCAUUUAACGUGAAGUACGGCAAUCGCCAUGUUGCACGACAAUUGACGUGAAAUUAUGAAGCAUAAGUGCGCAUGUCAAUAGAUAAUAACGGCAAUUGCCGUCAUGUCCGUCAAGUGACGUGCAAUAUUUUGCACGACAAUUGACGUGCAAACUAUUAUCUUGUAAAAGUUUCACAUAUUAUCGGCAGGACAACACGCAGGCCUGUCAACUGUCCCG